AUGGGUGAGACAGAUGGCCGAUGCGAUCUUUUAUUUAAGUUCACUUUAACAAAUCCAAUCAAACAGCAACCAUGGGAGUUUCAUCAUAGCGAUGUGAAACAAGGUAAUCUACUGGGACGAGGAGCGUUUGGUGAAGUUCGAGCAGGAACGCUGCAACUGAAGACUGGAAGAAAUGUCGAUGUGGCCAUAAAAGUUACAAGAGGAUCGUCGGAUCUAUGUAAGGCGAAAAUCAAGGAGAUGAUGAGGGAAGCUCGCCUCAUGCGGAACUUCCAUCACGAGAAUAUUGUGCGCAUCUAUGGUGUUGCAGUGGACGAACAACCUCUUUAUAUCAUUCUCGAAUUAAUGACUGGUGGUGCCUUGAACCAUUUUCUCAAAGCCAACGCUGGCAAGGUUAGCGUUUUGGAUAAAAUAGCCAUGUGUCUUGGAGUGGCACGAGGAGCUGAGUACUUGCAUCAUAAACGCUGUAUGCAUAGAGAUCUGGCUGCAAGAAAUUGCUUGAUCACUCGAGACAAAAUAGUUAAAAUUAGUGAUUUUGGAUUAUCUCGAAUGGGAACAAGUUAUGUACUUCAUACAUCAGUGAGGCUCCCUACCAAGUGGCUGGCCCCAGAAACAAUCACCACUCUUUCAUUUUCUCUGAAAACGGACGUGUUCAGUUUUGGUGUUGUUGUCUAUGAAAUCUUCUCUGAUGGCGGUGAACCAUGGGGAGGCAAGACCAAUGCUGAAGUAAAAGCCCUUGUCUCCAAUGGCCAAUUUCUGACUCUGCCGGACUGCGUUCCUGAAGCAAUUCGAAACUUUGUCCAGGAACGAGUUUUUGUGAGGGAUCCUGCGGAAAGAGCGAGUAUGACUAAGGUGGUGGAGGCAUUCGAGCAAAUACAGGCGGCGGAGGGCUUCUUACCAAUGGCAGAAUGGUGGUGGCGACUACGUAAAAAGGAUCAAAAGUUGGUGCAAAAUGCAGCGUAA